CUGUAGCUGGGAGUGAGCAAGUGAAACAGAAACAUGGCAUUUGUCAGCUUUUUGGUCCCCUGCUUUGUGAUAGGCAUUGAUAUUGCUUUCUCUUGCCAGAGUGCUGUCGACUUCGUGGGUGCCAGUUCUCCAGGAGACAUCGUUAUUGGAGGCUUGUUUGCAGUUCAUAGCGAAAUGCUGCAUCCGGAAGAUCCCAUCAAGCCAGUAAUUCAGAACUGUGCCAGCUUUGAAAUUCAAGUUUUCCUUCAGACACUUGCAAUGAUACAUGCUAUUGAAACAAUCAACAAUUCAACGCUGUUAUCUGGAGUUACUCUGGGCUACGAGAUAUAUGACACGUGUGCAGAAGUUACAAAAGCCAUGGCAUCUGCUCUGAGGUUUCUGUCAAAAUUCAAUUCUUCUGAGGAUGCUGUAGAGUUCAAGUGUAACUACUCAAACUAUAUCCCGAGAAUUAAGGCAGUCAUUGGAGCCAGCUACUCGGAGGUGUCGAUGGCAGUUUCAAGGCUGUUGGCUUUGCAACUAAUCCCACAGGUCAGUCCUGCAUCAUCAGCUGAAAUCCUCAGUGACAAAAUCAGGUUUCCUUCUUUCUUCAGGACUAUCCCCAGUGAUUUUCAUCAGACAAGAGCAAUGACCCACUUGAUCUGUGAAUCUGGGUGGAACUGGAUUGGAGUAAUAGCCACUGAUGAUGACAAUGGGCGGUUCGCUCUGGAGAGCUUUGGGGUCCAGGCCAUGGCAAACAACGUUUGCAUAGCUUUUAAAGAAAUGUUGCCAGCCUAUCUCUCUGACAGCACCUUUCACACCAAAGUUGAUCAUGCAAUUGAGAAGAUUGUCAAGGAAACAAGAGUAAAUGUUAUUGUGGUCUUUAUGAGACAGUUCCAUGUGCUCAAAUUAUUUAAGAAGGCAAUUGAGAGGAACGUUAAUAAAAUCUGGAUUGCAAGUGAUAACUGGUCAGCUGCAGUCAAAAUCAGUACAAUUCCCAAUAUCAGACAGCUGGGAACCAUUGUGGGAUUUGGAUUUAAAAGUGGAGAUAUGUCCUCAUUCCAAAACUUUCUGAGAAAUCUUCAUGAAAAGCCCACUAAAAACAACAAGUUUUUACGUGAAUAUAUUAUGCUUUUGUCAGUUUGUGCAAAUUUGGAAUAUCACGAUUUUCAAACAUGCAUUUCAAACCAGUCCCAGGAUGAUCUACUGGAAGAUGUUGAGAAUAAACACCAGAUCUGGAGAGAUGAUUUUUUGAAUGCUAACAUUGAACCAGGAUUUAUCCAAAGUACUACACUUGCAGUCUAUGCCAUAGCUCAUGCCAUUAAAGGACAAUGCAAAAACAGAAACUGCAAGGAUCCCUCUGCCUUCACUCCCUGGGAGCUCCUUGAAGAACUUAAAAAAGUUGUAUUCAUUGAUGAUGAUAAAGAAGUCAAGUUUGACUCCAAUGGAGAUAUGAGCACCAGUUAUGAUGUACUUCUUUGGAAAGAAAUCGAUGGCCACAUGGAAAUCACCACUGUGGCAGAAUAUGAUGCAGAGAAAGGUGACUUUAUCUUUGAGGAUGAAGAGAAAAAAAAAGAUUUUCUAGAUUUAAAGAAAGUUCAGUCAACAUGUUCCCAGCACUGCAGGCCAGGCCAGAUGAAAAAGGUUACGGAAAGUCCACAUACAUGCUGCUAUGAGUGUGUUUACUGCCCAGAAAACCAUUACAGCAAUCUAACAGAUAUGGAUUACUGCUACCGAUGUAACAACAAAACCUACUGGGCUCCCAUCAACAGUACCACAUGCUACAAAAAGACAAUCUAUUUCCUCACCUGGACUGACUGGUUUGCUGUUUUCCUCCUCCUUCUGUCUGCUUUCGGGGUUGUGUUAGUUUUGUCAAUUUGUGUAAUAUUUACUAAAAACUUGAACACACCAGUUGUAAAGGCAUCUGGUGGUCUGACUGUCUGCUAUAUUAUUCUCUUCAGUCACUUCUUAAUUUUUUUGAGCACCAUCUUCUUCAUAGAUGUACCCACAGAAUUCAAAUGUAAAACUAGGCAAGCACUCUUUGGCAUAAGUUUUACACUCUGCAUUUCAUGUAUUUUAAUGAAGUCACUAAAAAUUUUACUAGCCUUCAGCUUUGAUCCCAAGCUUCAGAAUUUCCUGAAAUGCAUGUAUAAACCUAUUCCCACUGUAGCCACCUGCACUGGAAUUCAAGUUAUCAUUUGUACCUUCUGGCUAAUAUUUAGGACACCUUUUGUAACCCAAAAUUUCUCAAUCCCAAGAGUAAUAAUUCUGGAGUGCAAUGAGGGGUCUAUUGUAGCUUUUGGGAUUAUGCUGGGCUACAUCGCCGCUCUAGCCUUUAUUUGCUUCAUAUUUGCCUUUAAAGGUAGGAAAUUGCCAGAGAACUACAAUGAAGCUAAAUUCAUCACUUUUGGCAUGCUAAUUUACUUCAUAGCAUGGAUUGUAUUUAUCCCUGUCUAUGCAACUACAUUUGGCAAAUACUUACCAGCAGUGGAAAUCAUCGUUGUUUUAAUAUCCAAUUACGGAAUCCUCUGCUGCACUUUUCUUCCAAAGUGCUAUAUCAUCAUUUACAAGCAAGAAACAAACACAAAAUCUGCCUUUCUCAAAAUGGUUUACACGUAUUCCUCUAAAAGUGCAGGUAGUGUUACUGUUAGUCAGGUUUCUUUGGAUUCAAAGUCUUCUAGCUUCCGAGCUCCUAUCUCAGACUCGUGUAAAACUGACAAAAACUCUGUGAAUGGAAACUGCCAGUUCCAAGUGCCAGGGCAGCCACUAAUAAAAGGCAAGGUUCUUCCUAAAAAUGCUGCCAGGAAAAGAGUCUCCAGCAUAUGACUGGCCAGUGGUCAAGUACCGGAAGAUAAAAAGCCAUCUUAGAGAGCUAUUUAUCUCUCAGAUCUCUUUUCUUUUGGCAUCCCCAAGGAGAGCAGGACAUGUGAAAACUCUUGUUCUCCUGUACUUAAGCAGUUAUCCAUUACCAAAUCUGAGAGGCUUUCCUGGCUCUGAGAGUCCAGUCCUUGCUCCUGCAGGGACCUGUGGGAACCUAUUCUGCAAUCUCCCUUCCUCAAGUGAGACAGAAGAAUCACAAAAAUAUUAUUUCUUACAGUCACAUAGGUGGGACCACAUGAGUUUACUCCACUUCUUUUGCCUCUGAUACACAAUUCUUUAAGGAGCUAUUCUUCUCAUCUGGCCCCAUUUCACAGAUCAAAGAGAACCUUGUCCCAGCCUUUGUUUGCUAGGCUAAACAAGCCGAGUCCUUUAGUCUCCACUUUUAAGAUAGGCUUUCCAUUCUUCUGAACUUCCAAAUGUAACCUUUUUCAGCUGGUAUCAGUGAAUCUCUUUUUUU